AAAAUCGGCUAGGGAUCGACGUACGUACCAAAACUACCAAGACGUGACAGACGUGACCAGGGAUUGGAGCGACACAGAUUGUAACUAACCAAGACAAGAAUAUCUUCUGUUUGACUGCUACUAGUUGGUCUAGGCCUAGGCUAGUACUACUCCAGGGCCUAGAUUAUAUUGGGCCUAGGCCUACAUAUAUAAUACGUUCAACAAUGGGACUUUUUGGAAAGACUCCUCAAAAGGAUCCGAAAGAACAAGUAAGGGAAUGGUCCGCUGCAAUACGAAAACAACAGAGAGUGAUUGAUAGGCAGAUAAAUUCAAUAAAGAAAGAAGAAGACAAAGUACAACGUUCAUUAAAAGAUGCUGCGAAAAAAGGACAGAAGGAUGUAUGUUCUGUUUUAGCCAAAGAAGUAGUCAACUCUCACAAAGCAGUAAAACGGCUAUACACAUCAAAAGCUCAACUGAAGUCAGUUGAAAUGCAGAUGAAAAACCAACUAGCUGUUGUUCGUCUUUCUGGAGCCCUGGAGAAGAGUACUAUAGUGAUGAAGUCUAUGCAAUCACUUUGCAAAGUAAGCGAAAUCCAGUCUGUGAUGGUGGAUAUGUCAAAGGAAAUGAUGAAGGCAGGCAUCAUUGAGGAAAUGAUGGAAGACACAUUUGAAAGCUUAGAAGAUCAAGAUGAACUGGAAGAUGCAGCACAAGAGGAGAUAGACAAGGUUCUGUUCGAAAUUACAGCUGGUGCUUUAGGAGCAGCACCUGGAGCAGUUAGCGAUCAGCUACCUGAGCCAGCAGGUGCUGUAGGAGGUGUUGAAAGCGAGGAGGAAGAUGCAGAAGAAGAUUUAAAUGAAAUGCAGGCCAGACUAGAAGCCCUGAGAAGUUAGGAUUCUGUUUUACUGACAAAAUAUUUAUCUUUCUAUUAAAAAAAAUAUUCAUGGACAUUUCAUGCACCCUGGGUGAGUAAAUUGAUCUGCAAAGCAGAAGUGCUGAUAUUUUAGGAAAUGUACUGCAACAAGAAAUUUACAUUGGAACAGAUGAACAAGACAAAAACAAUGAAUUAUGCAGUGUGAAACCUGUAAAUAAUGCUCCAAUUUUACAAAUUCAAAAACUAUAUUGGUGGUGUAAGUUGAGGCUAAAAACAUAUCUAUAUAUAGAAAAAAUGUUAAUAGAGUAUUUUUUUUUUGGAAUAGUUUCAUCUGGUUUGCUUUAUUGUAGCUGUAGAACUGUUUUAUCGAUAGGGACUGGCUAUACGUACAGUGGCUGUGUAUACAACAAAAGUAGUUUUGUUAUAUGCGCAGCGACAAGCAACCAAUUGCAGCACACCAAGUACCAUAGUAUCACGUGAUUUAAAAAGCUCACUUCUUUUUUUUUUUUAAAUCAAUUUUGUGGUCUUUUCUUUGUGAUUCUUUGCACAGUGUGGACGUGAUAUUUGAUGAUUUGAUAUUAAAACACUUUUACUAUUGUUAUCUGUUUUUGUUUGUUUUGUCAAUAUGACAAGACUUCAACUCGGAUAUAACUUUAGUAGUUAGGAGGAAUUGGAGAAGGCUGAAAACAAGUUUUAUUGAGCACUGCUGAAUCCGUGGCUAGCUAGGCCUAACGAACCCAGGGUACAGUGUCAGUAGCAGGCACCACCGCGUGUGGUUAAGAGUGGGUGCAACUUAGCCUACCUACUAGGGGAGAGUACUGCAGUUGUGGCCUUUCGCGGUUGGUUACAGUCUAGGGACUCCUAGGUUUAAGAUCAAACUCAAAACUCACAUUUUUAACAUUUGAACAUUUUGAUUUUUACUUCGGUUUAGUGAUAUUGGCACUUUAUAAAUUAUUAAUAUUAUUAUUAUUAUAAUUAUUAUUAUUAUUGUGGCAGGCCUCGAAUUUUACCGCGGCCAUUGCUGACGGUGCCCUCCCAGUUGGCCUUGGUGCCCCUGAAAAUGAAGCAUGACGACGGCCACUACUUGCCUGCCCUUUUGAAGCCUUGGCCUCGGUGCCCUCACGAUGCUUAAUAGAUCGUUUAACACGUACAGUAAAAUAAAUCUAAAUAAGAACGUUUAAAUCUUGAAAGAAAACUUAGGUCGCCUAAGCUAGCCUAGGCCUAGAUAAGGUUGCAGUGACAGAACAUGAGAGAAUUUCCAUGUUUGUUGAUACGAACUGUUUUUGCGGUUACCGUUGUGUGCGCAUGCGUCUUACUCGAGCGAUUAUUGCAGUAAACAUUGUACUGUAGUUGUAAACAUGUGCUUGCUGCGUAGCUAACUUUGGACGAUCUUACGUCAUCGCAGCUUAAGCGUGUAAAAUUAACGUAAUUCAUUGACACUCGGCUAAUCUAGUUCAUGACGGCCAGUUUAGAGUUAUGGCUUCCUCUCCGAUGACGACGUACUGAGCAACAACACAAGAUAUCAAACUUCUUAAAAUUUGACUGUUUUGUACGAUCGCCGACCGCCGCAGUAUAUUCCAACAUUGAAUCGA